AUGAUUAAUCCUAGAGCAACACUUAUUGCCCGAGUACAUAUUAUUAUUUCAGGAAGUUGUGGAAUUCCAAAAUGGAUAAGCCAUCACAAAAAGGGAGCUACAGUAGUAGCAAAGCUUCCUAAAAAUUGGUAUAAAAAUAACGACUUGUUGGGUUUUGUUUUGUACUGUGUCUAUGAUCCACUUGAUAAUGAAUCCGAGGAGACACUGGAGAAUGAUGCAACUUACUUCAAGUGUGAUUUGACUUUGCGUGGUCAUGAAAUUAAGUUUGUGGAUGAACUCCAGUUUUGUCCCUCGUGUCACUGCUAUGGUGUUGUACCAAAAAUGUGGAUGAUUUAUCUUCCGAAGGUGAGGAUUGUGAAGUAUCACUCAAAUAAAUGGAGGCAGUUGACGGCUUCAUUUUGUGGCUUCUUACGUGGUAAAGCAAUGAAAGUGGAAGAGUGUGGGAUCCAUCUUAUAUAUGCCCAUGAUCAUGAAAAGAACAAUGGUAAAGCAAUGAUACCCACCAUUUGCCGGGAAUGUCAAGAGGAUGUGCAAUCCCGACGGAAGCUUUGUUUAAAGGGAAAUGCCGUCAAUGAACUACCCACUAUUGAGUGUCCCCCUAAACUUAAUAGCUUAUGUUUGCGAGAAUGCAAAAACCUUGAGCGUCUUCCCAGUAGCAUAUGUGAAUUGAAAUCCCUUACAAGUCUCUUCUGCUCAGGCUGUUCACGAUUAAGGAGCUUUCCGGAAAUCCUUGAGGAUGUGGAAAAUUUAAGAGAGCUUCAUUUAGAUGGAACUGCUAUAAAAGAACUACCAGCAUCAAUUCAAUAUUUAAGAGGGCUUCAAUAUUUGAAUCUUGGAUAUUGCACCAACCUUGUGAGUCUUCCAGAAAGCAUUUGUAAUUUGAGUUCUCUCAAAGCUCUAAAUGUGGGUUUCUGUACAAAACUUGAGAAAUUUCCCCAGAACCUGAGGAGUUUGCAAUGUUUAGCGGGUUUGAACGCUUCAGGUCUAAAUCUAAGCAUGGACUGUUUUAGUAGCAUACUUGCAGGCAGCGUUCAACUUUCUAAACUGAGAGUCCUUGAAUUGAGUCACUGCCAGGGGCUUCUACAAGUUCCAGAGCUUCCGCCAAGUUUACGAUAUCUAGAUAUCCACAGUUGCACAUGCUUGGAAACUUUAUCAAGUCCAUCAAGUCAACUUGGUUUUUCUCUGUUCAAAUGCUGGAAAUCAACGAUUGAGGAAUUUGAAUGCGGCUCCUAUUGGGGCAAGGCAAUCAGAGUUGUUAUUUCGGGAAAUAAUGGAAUUCCAGAGUGGAUAAGCCAGCAAAAAAAGGGAUCUCAAAUAACAAUAGAGCUUCCUAUGGAUUGGUACAGAAAAGAUGACUUCUUAGGAUUUGCUUUAUACUCUGUUUUUAUUCCUACGGCUAGGAAUCGGUUGUGUUGCAAACUCAAUAUCUGUGGUGAUCAAUCUGAAUGCUGUCACGUGGAUGAUGUCCAGUUUUAUUGCUGCCAAAUUUGCGGUGAAUCAAGUCAAAUGUGUGUGACUUAUUAUCCCAAGGUUGCUAUUGACAACCAGUAUUGGUCAAACGAAUGGAGACGUUUGAAGGCUUCAUUUCAUAGCUUGGAUGCACCAGUCGAAGUGAAAGAGUGUGGGUACUAUCUUAUAUAUACAGGUGAUGUUAUCAACAGAAACAUCCCAGAAGAUACCAGUACUGAUGCUCAGAGGAGCUGUGACAACACAGAAGCCACCAAGCGCGACCAUCAGACAAUGACAGAGUACAGUGAUGAGCAGAGAAGUUGUGAUACCAUAUCAGCAGCAGAAGAUACUAAUUCUAAUCCACAAACAAGCAAUGACUGUACACACUGCACUAAAAGGUUAAGAUUAAUUUAA